UCCUGGAGGUGAGAUGGCUACAUGGCAUAAGUUGCUGAGCAACUUGCGCGCAACUUUUGUGCAACGUAAAUGAAGUUGGAGCAACUCGCUGGCAACUUUUGGCUAGGAGGAUGGGGGUAAUAAGGCUGGUACGCACGUAGGUGAGACUCUCUGCCUUGACUACUAUUGCGGUGGAAGCCGGUCGACAAAAAUACUGGCAAUGGCAAAGAAGGAAGGCUUGGUUCAGGAAGGAAGCUGUGCGCUGUUGGCUGCAUGCUCGACGCUGUCUCGAUGUCUACUCUUUGUGAUCGCGGGCGGUGCAGAACCCGAGCGCGGAUUUGAAUCACACAAGUUGUGAUGGGAGGCUUUUCAGGGAACGAUUUUCGGUCUGCGAAACCGGCCACAGCCACUAAUGACCACCAUGCAUGUAGUUACCACCUAGCAAGGAAGCUGUCUUGUGCUUAAGCUGUGGCCAAGAGUUUAUGAUCAAGGCUGUUUCGGUAGCGACACCUUUCGCCCUUGGUGAGACCAUUCCCAUGUUGCCUGUCCACAAUCAAAAGUGGGUACCACUGUGACGUGACUUACAGCAACUAUUUGGCCAUAUUUGCAAUAAUAGACAAAGUUUCGUAAUGGCA